AUGAUAACAGAGAAAUCUACCCUUGUAUUUUCAGAGAAAAAUAGUAUUUUUGAAUUUCAUACCAGUUCACCAAUAGCCAAUCACAGGUAUUAGUGCAUCCAAACAAAAUGAUAACCUUUUCCUUACCAUAUCCGAAGAUUCAACUAUGAGAUUAUAUGAUCUAAGAUUGUAAUCAUCUGUUAAAUUAUUCAAUCUUGGUAAAGUAGAAGAAUCAUAAACUGCCAAUUGUUUAUUAUCAGAUACUCAAGUUUAUGGUGCUAGGAAUAAUGAAGUAAUAAAUAAAUAUUAUUCAGAUUUUAUUAUUUGACAUAAGAUAAGACAUUAUAGUUAAAGCUUGUACAUUAAAAUUUGAAAAUGAUAGUGAAAUAAACUAAAUAACUUUUGAUAAUCAAUAAUAAUUAAUUUCUGCAAAUUUUGACUCGUAUUAUUAUACUUCUCUAUUAUUAGUGGUUGUACAUCUAUAUUUGAUAGAUAACUCAAUCUUAGAUCCAAUCUCAAAGAAGGACAUGAAAAUGUAUUUAUUACUUAUAAUAUUCAGACUUGUUUUAGUGGAGAUUUCAUUCAAGAUGAAGGAGAAUAACUAUAUAUAUCUACAGGAUUUGACUAUAAAAUUAUUCUAUGGGAUUAUUAAUAUAAACACUAGAUUGAAGAUCAACCAUUAAUCUAAUAAGCAUCAUAAGCUAAAAUACUAUUCAAAUUUGAUUUAAGUAUCAUUAUAUAUUUUAAUUCAAGGUACAAUUCAUUUAUAAUAUGCACCUUUAACUGUUUCACCUCCUGUAAUAUAUUCUGCAACUUCUAAAGAUAAUUCUAUUCUGAUAUCGACUGAAACUGGAUAAGUCUAUUGUUUCAAAGUAUAAUAAUUGAAAAGAAAGAAAAAUAAAAAACCUCCAAUUCCUGAAUUUGUCAUUGAUGCUCAUAAAAGUAAAGUGAUGAGAAGCACUUAUUUAAAUGAUAAAAUAGUUACUAUUUCAAAUGAUUAAACAUUUGCUAUAUGGGAUAAAUAAGUUUAAGUGUUAAGAGCAAAAAUAAAAAAUAAACCUAAUUGGAUAGAGAGUGUAGGAAAUAACACUUUGCUUGUCAGUGACAUUUCUAAUAAAUUAUCAAUAUUUGAAAUUGUUUGAAA